AUGGAAGAAGCGUGGCCGGCCCUCGCCCCGGCGGCGGGCGGCGCGGCCUUCCCGCCCGCGCCACCUACCGGCACGGCGCCCCCGGCCCCCGUGGCGUGGGGCGCGGCCGCGGCGGCGCGGCGGGAGGCGGUGGCCAGGGAGUCGCCGGCGCAGGCGGUGAGCCGGAUCGUGUCCAGCUGCGCCAACACGAGCGGCCUGGCCGUGGCCGUCGUCGACGCCAACGCCGUCAUCUCGGGCGGCGCCGCGCUGGCCUCCACCGCGGGGCGCCUCGUCACCGUGCCCGAGGUGCUCGAGGAGGUGCGCGACGCCGCCGCGCGCCGGAGGCUCGCGCUCCUCCCCACCCCCGUCGAGACCGUCGAGCCCGCGCCCGAGUUCGUCAAGAAAGUUGUCAAGUUUGCCAGGGAAACAGGGGAUCUCCAGACACUUUCAGAUGUUGAUAUGAAGAUUAUCGCUCUAGCUUACAUGUUGGAGGCUGAGGUCCACGGGACCAGCCAUCUGCGGGAGCACCCACCUCCUCUGCAUGUGGUCAGCGUCCGGACCUUGCAAGAGGCUCCGCUGCCAGGCUGGGGCUCCAAUGUGCCUAACCUAGCAGAGUGGGAAGCAUUGGAUAAGAUGUCUGAGGCAGGCGGGGAUCUUAAUUCUCGGAUACUCCCACUGAAGGAUCUUGAGAACCAAGAAAUCCCUACAAGUGAGACCAACAGUGUUUCUGAGGCACAAGGGGAUGCAGAAUUCCAGCCUUCAAAGAGAGAUGCAUGUAUUCCUUGGGAAGAUGAUGAGAACAAUGAAGGUUGGUUGCCUGCUGUUGGCCGCACCACGCACAGGAAAUAUUUGCGGAGGAAAGCGAGGCGUGAUGCACUCAAGGCAUCUGGACAAAGUUUUGAUACAAGUUCUGUUGCUCCAUCAGUCGAUGAAGAUAAUGACUUGUCUGAAAAUGGUUUGGAUUCAGUGGAUGGCCCUUCUGCUGUUCCAGAGGAAACAAGGUCAAAUACUGACAACUUGGAAUCUCUGGAAGGGAAUGAACCAAAAAUUGCUGGAGAUCAACUAUCUAAUGGGGAGAAUGGGGUAGGCAAUGCUGAUACUGUAGAGGGCAUAAUUGGUACUGAUUCAUGCACUGAACAAUUGGAUAAUUUGGAUAUAAAAAGUGAGGCCGAGGAAGGUGUCAGUGCAUCUUUUGUCGAUGAUGAGAGCAGUGAGCAGAGUUGGGCCCUGAGGUCCUUAUCUGAAUCUACUGUAGCGUGUGUUACUAGUGACUAUGCCAUGCAAAACGUUAUCCUCCAGAUAGGUCUUCGUCUCUUGGCACCAGGUGGCAUGCAAAUACGUCAGUUGCAUAGGUGGGUUCUGAGGUGUCAUGCUUGCUACAAGGUGACACAAGAGAUUGGAAAAAUAUUCUGUCCAAAGUGUGGCAAUGGUGGCACCUUGCGAAAGGUUUCAGUAACAGUUGGUGAGAAUGGGAUUACUAUGGCUUCACGACGCCCGCGUGUUACUCUCCGAGGCACAAAAUUUUCCCUCCCGAUGCCCCAAGGUGGAAGAGAUGCUGUCAUUAAGAAUCCCAUUUUACGCGAAGACCAACUUCCCCAGAAGGUUCUGCAUCCUAAAUCAAAGAAGUCAAGCAAGCUGGGGGAUGAUUUCUUGGGCGCUGAGGACAUAUUUACGCACAGCGGCGAGAAGAAAGUGGAGCUGAAACCUCCAGUAAGGAAGGCGCUCGCAAUGUUCAGCGGGAAGCGGAAUCCGAACGACAACCACUUUUCUCGCAAGAAGAAUUAA